CUGGUCGUCAAAUCCGUUCAUUUUUAAUUGAGCUGCUGAGUAUAUAUGAGAUGUAGUUUUUGUCUUUCCUUUGCCUUAAUUUUAGGCAAAAAUGUAUCCAAGAGAUCUUGAAAGCUUUGAUCUUCCACCUAUUUUAGAGCACAGAGCAGGAAUACGUCGACAUCACAGUUUUUCUGAGGGGCAGAGACAGCACAUAAAUGCAUACUUAUCCAAACUUGCUUCCGAGAUGGCUGAUGUUCGACGGAUUAAAGUCAUCACGCUUGAUGAUAGGACAUUGGAAUUUCAACUUCAUUCCAAGCUUCUGACGAAGGAUUUGUUGGAUUUAGUUGCGUCACAUUAUAUGCUGAAGGAGAAGGGAUACUUUGGUCUUUCAUUUAGAGAUAACAAUUCUAAUCUGAUUUGGUUUGAUCCCGAACGGAAAGUCACAGACUACAGCAUCCCGAAGAAGCCGGAGACUGUUACGUUGUACUUUGGCGUGCGCUGCUACAUCGAGAGUAUUACGCAUCUUCAGGACAGUGGUACCAUUGAACUGUUUUACCUUCAGGCGAAGGUUUCUAUCUACAAGGGUGAUAUAGAAGUUGAUAGUGAAACGGCUUUUGAACUUGCUGCUUACAUCCUCCAAGAAGCACACGGUGAUUUCACAACUGACAUAAAAGCACAAACUCAGCUGAAGAAGCUACCAGUCUUACCAACAAAAGCACUGCAGGAGCAUCCAUCCCUGAGCUACUGUGAAAAAAGAGUUUUGUUUUAUUACAGAAGGUUAGAAGGCCUAAGUCGUGGACAAGCUAUUGUUUGGUGAGUCAAUCAAAACUCAAU